AUGCGCGUGUACAUUGUGCCACAUUCCACUUUCUAUAUGACUUCCCAAACCCCAUUCGCCCUGCAGUGUUGGGAUGAUGUGGACGAUGUAAAGAGGGAGGUGCAUGUGCUCGAGACGCUCCGGGGACACCCCCAUGUCGUCUCCAUUAUCGAGACCAUUGAAGAUGAAAAGGAAGUGCAUAUCAUCAUGGAACUGUGUGAAGGGGGAGAGUUGUUCGACCGUAUCCUCGAGCGCAAGUACUACGGAGAGAGGCAGGCGGCCAAGGUGAUUCGGUCGGUGGUGGAGGUGCUGGAUUACUGCCACCAGCGGGGCAUCGUGCACCGCGACUUAAAGCCCGAGAACAUCCUGCUCGUGUCCAAGAGGAGCGACACCCGGUGCAAAGUGAUCGACUUUGGCAUGGCCUACUGCCUCAAGCCAGGCGAGCGCUGCAAGCUGCGUGCUGGCACGCCCAACUACAUUGCUCCAGAAGUCAUAGCCAAGAACUACGGCGCAGAGGCCAAUCGACUCCGCUCUUUGCCCGCCUCACCAACCCCCCUGCUCUCCUCCUUCUCUCCCAAUUCCUUCCUUAUUCCCUGCAGGCGAGCGCUGCAAACUAAGGGCCGGAACGCCCAACUACAUCGCCCCAGAAGUCAUAGCAAAGAACUACGGAGCAGAGGCGGACGUGUGGAGCGCGGGGGUGAUCCUUUACGUGCUACUUUGCGGGUUACCCCCGUUUUGGGGGGAUACCACGGAGGACGUGUUCAAGAGCAUCUUGUGGCAGGAGCUGGAUUUUGA